AGGCUCUUCCUCCAUUUCCGGCUUCUGGGACUCGGGUGCUCCACGGCUUCCGGUGUCAUGGCUGCUUGAAGUCCCGGGAGUCGGUGAGGCGGCUGCAGGUCACUCCCUGCGGAGCCGCUGGUCCGGCUGGCGGGGAUGUGACCCCGGGCCCGGCCGGCCUGCCUCAGGCGUCGCGUCAGCUCCCGUGUCCGUGCCCUUAACCCACACCGAUGGCGGGAUCCGGCUGCGCCUGGGGCGCAGAGCCGCCGCGUUUUCUGGAGGCCUUCGGACGGCUGUGGCAGGUACAGAGCCGUCUGGGUAGCGGCUCCUCCGCCUCGGUGUAUCGGGUUCGCUGCUGCGGCAACCCUGGCUCGCCCCCCGGCGCCCUCAAGCAGUUCUUGCCGCCAGGAACCACCGGGGCUGCGGCCUCUGCCGCCGAGUAUGGUUUCCGCAAAGAGAGGGCGGCGCUGGAACAAUUGCAGGGUCACAGAAACAUCGUGACUUUGUAUGGAGUGUUUACAAUCCACUUUUCUCCAAAUGUGCCAUCACGCUGUCUGUUGCUUGAACUCCUGGAUGUCAGUGUUUCGGAAUUGCUCUUAUAUUCCAGUCACCAGGGUUGUUCCAUGUGGAUGAUACAGCAUUGUGCCCGAGAUGUUUUGGAGGCCCUUGCUUUUCUUCAUCAUGAGGGCUAUGUCCAUGCAGACCUCAAACCACGUAACAUAUUGUGGAGUGCAGAGAAUGAAUGUUUUAAACUCAUUGACUUUGGACUUAGCUUCAAAGAAGGCAAUCAGGAUGUAAAGUAUAUUCAGACAGACGGGUAUCGGGCUCCAGAAGCAGAACUGCAAAAUUGCUUGGCCCAGGCUGGCCUGCAGAGUGAUACAGAAUGUACCUCAGCUGUUGAUCUGUGGAGCCUAGGAAUCAUUUUACUGGAAAUGUUCUCAGGAAUGAAACUGAAACAUACAGUCAGAUCUCAGGAAUGGAAGGCAAACAGUUCUGCUAUUAUUGAUCACAUAUUUGCCAGUAAAGCAGUGGUGAAUGCCGCAAUUCCAGCCUAUCACCUAAGAGACCUUAUCAAAAGCAUGCUUCAUGAUGAUCCAAGCAGAAGAAUUCCUGCUGAAAUGGCAUUGUGCAGCCCGUUCUUUAGCAUUCCUUUUGCCCCUCAUAUUGAAGAUCUGGUCAUGCUUCCCACUCCAGUGCUAAGACUGCUGAAUGUGCUGGAUGAUGAUUAUCUUGAGAAUGAAGAGGAAUAUGAAGAUGUUGUAGAAGAUGUAAAAGAGGAGUGUCAAAAAUAUGGACCAGUGGUAUCUCUACUUGUUCCAAAGGAAAAUCCUGGCAGAGGACAAGUCUUUGUCGAGUAUGCAAAUGCUGGUGAUUCCAAAGCUGCGCAGAAAUUACUGACUGGAAGGAUGUUUGAUGGGAAGUUUGUUGUGGCUACAUUCUACCCGCUGAGUGCCUACAAGAGGGGAUAUCUGUAUCAAACCUUGCUUUAAUCAGUAACCUAAGGACUGUUUCCUUUUUCUCCUCUUCCAUUUCUUGGGUUAUUCCACAUAUGAAUGCAGGAGUACCCCCUUACCAUUUUAAGAAGGUACUUUGUACAUUUAUUUAAUCCUACUAAUGUGCAGCCAUUGCCCAAGCAGUGACUGCGUUGCAUACGUUUGGCACUGAGUAGGACAAGACCUCUCAGCUAUACAUUGAGGGGUUUUAGAGCAUCCAUGUGGGCAACCCUUUUUUGUGCAGGAGAGCAGGUGUUGCUCUUCAGUAUGUAGCCUAAAAAAAUCUUAAUUAUUUCAUGGAUCGUGAAGCAAGGAUGAAUAAUAUCAUGUCUUGGUAAAUACUAACAAAUUUGUUAGGUUUGGUGACAUCAUUUACAGAUUAUUUCUUUAUGUUGUCCAGUGGUUCUUCCUUGUUGUUGAUAUCCAUAAGCUGGCACUGGAUGCUCUCAGUAAUGUUAAGUAAUUGUCAAGCAGCAGUUGCCUACUGUGUUCUUAACACUGAGUUGUGAAUUUUUUCUUAAAGCAGUACUGUAGUACUGAAUAUUCCUUUAAAGGAACUGCAGUGAGCCUAUCUAAGUUUUUUUAAAUUAAGCCUUUUAAAAUAGAAAGCUGAUGCUUGAUCUUGCACAAUUUUUAUGUCUAGUAUGUAUGCUUGAGUGAGUGUGCGAGUAUGAACGAUUAGAGAAAAUUUGAGUCAGUGUACUUUGUAGUGUGAAUCCUGUGAGCUAAUACAGUCUAUACUCAUUUCUUCCCUACCUGUUUCACAUCCGUAAGAUUUAGGAUAUACAUUUUUUGAGAGAUAGUCUGUCUGAUACAAUGUAAAUGACAAAACAUAAUUCCUGAGAGGCCCAGAACAAACUGGAGUCUAGCCUGGAGUUAAAUUGAGACUUCUAAAAUGAUUGGAACAAAGACUGAGUUGUGCCAGAUGUAAAUCAACCCCUCUUUUAGUUUACUUUAGACUUUGUAUUAGCUCAUCUUUUUUGUAGUAAAUCUAUAGUUUUAAGGUUUCUCAAGAUGUGGCUCUACCUACUAUGAUGGAAAGUUGAAGUGGGUCAAAAGAAUUAGAUGUACAGUGAAGAGAAAAGAAAAAAAUGGGCGAAGAGAGGGUGGAAAAUAAAAGGAUUCUUUUUUCUUCCUUUCUGUUUCUUGUAUCCCUGCUCCCUUUUUCCUCCCCUUCCCUCAUUCUCUGCCUCUAUCCUUAGCUGAAGACAAACUAGAGGAACAGCAUCCCAGGUAGUUUGGCUUUUGACUGCAAGGUAGUUAAGAAAGGUGUAGAUAUAAUGAGGUAGAAGUAGAAAGGAAGAAAAACUAAAGAAUUCUUAAAAGGAUUCAUAGCAACCUAAUGUGUCCCUGAGUAGAGGAUGCUGCUAUGCGUGAGUUCAUGGACACAAGUUGAUUAGAUGGUUUUUAGAAUUAUAAUUAUGGAUUCUUCUUAUUUCAUGGUAGGUUGUCUUUAAAGAUAUAAAAAUUAGGAUGCCUUUAUGAAGCACUGAUUAUACCAAAAAAAAAAAAAGUUAUAUACAGGUUAUUAAUUUUUUUAUUUAUUUAUUUUUUCCUAAGGAAAAAGCUAUCUUUCCCUGCUGGAAGCCUCCUCAUAUUUGCCAUGCAGGUUGCUGAGAGUCCAAUUAGAAUUUGCAUUUUACAGAAUGAAAUACUUUACCCCAUUCAAACAAUUACUGUUUGACAUUUUAGUUAUUUAUAAUUGUCAAAUUCAGGACUCUCCUUUAAUGUUUAUUAUGAAACCAAAUUUGGCAUAAGGAGGCUGAUUUAUGAAUUACCAAAGGGUCUUGUGGCAUGUUCCCCAAUACAUGCCCUUAGAAGGAAGAACUAUUAUUUUUUAUUUUGGCCCUUUAAGGAGUUGAUUAUAAAUUGGUUUGUUUUCAAGUCAGAAUUCAAGUGGGCAGAACCAGUAUUGUGAAGACCUAAACUUUCCUAAAUGUUCAUAUGGGUAGCAGAUUUUGUGGUGAUUAGAAACAUCAGGUCCUUAAAUACGAUGAACAUGGGAUACAAAGGAAUUCUUUAUAAGGGCAAGUAUCCUAAGUUAGCACGUUUACUUUUCUCUCCCCUCCGCCCCCAAAAGAAAAAUCCUUACAAAUAAACUGCAGUUAGGCUUCUAAGCCUAGUCCUGCAGUAUGCUGCUAACAUCUUGAUGCCAAUCUUCACAGCAUUCUUUGAUUGUCAUCUUAUUGCUGAUACAUUCAUACAUAUAUUUAGUGCUUGACACUGUAGAAUUUUGUUACAGAAGGUGGUAACUAGAUUUUAAGGGAGCUGAGGGAAUAAUUGAUGAGCCUUGAAUUAACCAUGCAUUUAAUUAGAUGGUUUUUGUUUUUUUUUUUUUUUUUGAGAUGGUGUCUUGCUCUGUUGCCCAGGCUGGAGUGCAGUGGCUCAAUCUCGGCUCACUGCAACCUCUGCCUCCCAGGUUUGAGCGAUUCUCCUGUCUCAGCCUCCCCAGUAGCUGGGAUUAUAGGCGCUUGCCACCACACACGGCUAGAUGUUUUAUAUUAAAGCCAGAGAAUUGAAAAUUGAAAAAGAAAUGCCUCCUGUGAUUUAAAUUAUUUUAUAGCUCUUAGCCCGUUCUACCAAAGAUCACAUUAGCAGAUUACACCUCCCGCCUGUGAUAUUAUCUUUAUUAAACCUGAACCAAAUAUUAUCAAAAGAUACAAGUUUCAUGAUUAGGAUGAAAUAUAUACAUAGGGACUUUGAUUUCUUGAAGUUACUGAAAAACCUAGAAAUUUUCUUUUUGAGAGAAAGGGUAAAGAGGUGAGGGUUCAUGUCACUUAACCCCUACCCUUUUGGGCAAAUUUUGUCUCAGGUAGUGUUUCAUUCCCUAAAUUAAUACCUGUGCUUCCUUGCCUCUCACCUUCCCAGUUACUUCUUUGGGGUAUUACUGUGGCACACUGUACACCCAGAAAAGGCACAUACAGUGAUUAUUUUGUAGGAAAUAUUUGAUUCUUUUGAAAUAUAUUUGGAGGAGGUAGCUAGCUAGCUACUGUCAAAACUAAUGCUGUAUUUACAGGACAAAAACAAGUAGAGUUGGACGCCUCAGUAAGAGACAGCAUUAACUAAAAGUACUGACUGCCUUUUAAAGGAAUUUUUAAAACUAUCCUCUUGCAGUAAGAGAUCUGCAUUUAUUACCACUGGAUGUCUUCCUUUUUUGUGGCCACCAAUAUAGCAGCUCUCUUUAGAGGGAUUCCCUUUCUGCUAUGCCUUGAGCCAAACUGGCUGCUUUUAGAACAAAAACCAUAAGUAUGGUUUUACUCGAACUUCUCUUUGUUUUUAUUGAGAGAAAUAUUGCCUUCUUUUUGGUACUCCAGCUGCUAAAGAGUGCUGAGAUAUGUUAAAUUAUUCUUUAAAAGAAAAUUUCCGAAUACUUAUUUAACUUGUCUUCUAGAUUCAUGUUGCUUAUAUUUUAACUAUUGAGCAAGUUUAUUAUAAGGAAUGCUACCAUAUAGAGAAAGCUGAAGAGAAACCGUGGGCAGAAGGCUUUUUUCUGUCUUAUUACACUGGACCUUCACUCUGGUAAGGGCAUCAGUUACUUUUCUGGAAUAAAAGGCAGAGAUAGAGCACUUAUCAGAUGCUGUUUCUUUUUUUUUUUUUGAGACGGAGUCUCGCUGUCACCCAGACUGGAGUGCAGUGGCGCGAUCUCGGCUCACUGCAGGCUCCGCCCCCGGGGUUCAUGCCAUUCUCCUGCCUCAGCCUCCUAAGUAGCUGGGACUACAGGUGCCCGCCACCUCGCCCAGCUAAUUUUUUGUAUUUUUAGUAGAGAUGGGGUUUCACUGUGUUUAGCCAGGAUGGUCUCGAUCUUCUGACCUCGUGAUCCGCCCGCCUCGGCCUUCCAAAGUGCUGGGAUUACAGGCGUGAGCCACCGCGCCCGGCCCAGAUGCUGUUUCAUGGCUUGUUUUAGUUAAUUCAUCAUGCAGAUAACUAACAUUUGGGUAUCUUUUUGUUUUAGGUCUUAUUUUCUGACUGUUAGGCCUAUCUUACACAUAAUUUCUACUAUCAGUAUACUUGGCAGCAUGACUUUUUUUUUACAGUUAAUUUAAUGAAAAUUAGCACCAUUGUAAAUGAUAGUAAUUGUAACAACAUAGUUACUGUGUGAAGGAGUAGGGGAGACACUCAGUAACCAUAUAUUUACCUAGACACUUAUGCAAGGGUACAUGCUAGAUGACUUUAUUCAGAUUCGGGUACAGAUGGAAUCACAUCAUGACUUUGAGUCUGAUGGAUGUGUAGAUAAAGAUUUAAGCAAGUGCCUUGUGUUUCCUGGAAAAUAUUAAAAUUCAUUUGGGUGAAAGCUUCCCAGAUGAUGAUAAUUAAUAGCACUUCUGCCUUUUUCCUGGAGUAACAUUUAGAUUGAGUCACAUACGAUAGUAUAAAAGUCCAAAAUUUUCUUGGUUUACCUUUGUUUUAUUUUUCAUAUAUAUAUUCGCUAUCUGCCUGGAAAUAGCCUUGGUUUAACUUAUUUUUUUGUAUGUGUAGAUCUAUUCUUGUUUGAUUUUAUUCCAAUAUUAUAUAUGAUGGAAAAGCCAGAAUUGUCUGGCAGAAUUUAAUUCUUCCUUGGAUCUGUUUUUAAUAUCAGGUUCCUUCGUCAAAUUUUAUUACUGUAGCUCUCUGAUAUAAUUUCAUUUCUUGUCAAUUAUGGUCACAUAUAGACAAGUACUUGGUCACAAUUAGCUCAAAAGAAUCCCCAUUUCUUAAGGUGCUCAGUCAAUCACCUUUAUUUUGAGAUGGUAGUUUUUCAAGUUAGUAUUACUUACUAGCUUUCUUGAUGAAUAUAAAAAUGUUGUCUCCGUCAUAUGGAGCUGAGCCUCUUGUGGUAUAUUAAGAUAAGUCCCAUUCUUAAUCACAGAAGAACAUGGAUAUUUUAGUUUUUGGAGUACCUGGAAUUGUAAAGAUUUUGUUUCAUUUUGUUUUAGGAUAGCUUCUCUGCCUGAUACUAUAGGAUAUGUCAUGUUUGUUAUUGUAGCCACCUCCCUCAGAUGUUUUUCACCAUUUUUAAAUUAUAUAAUGACCAGUAGAUUCACAGUGGCAUGUACUUGACAAGUGCCGUGGAUAUUUAAGAAGAAGGUAAAUAAUUUUAAUAUCUUUGCUGUAAUUUUAUAGGAGCAGUGGACUGUAAGAUAAAUAUCUAUAAAUCAGAGAGUAUUUAGGAAACUUUGUAUUUUAUAGGUGGUCAUUAAAGUGAUCUUCAGGAUAUAAGAUAGUUUACACAAACUUUAUUCUCCUGAUAGGAAAUUUUUAUUCAUUUUCCUACCACUCAGCACUUUUGUUCUGCCUUGUACUGCUUAUGAGGAUUAAUGUUUUAAAUUUGCUUUAUUUUUGCUUUUCAGAGGGUUGUCAUAAUUGUGGCAGUUGUGUUUGUGGCACUGUAAAUGCUGGAAUUCAUGGGAAACUUAUCAAAUGACUGCUUGAGUGUUAUUUCCCAUUAAACUGGGUAGCUGUCACAAUAACCAGAAGAAAUCUUGUGACUCUUUUGUAUGUUUUGUUACCUAGGUUCAUAGUAUUUUAAUUUAAAGGCAAAGAGAAGCAUUCUAUCUUAUUUGUCUUAUAAACCAUUAAUCUUUUUUUGUGCAGAAGAGAGCUUAUUUUCUUAUACUGCUUUGUAUAAUGGAAAUAAGUCACAUUCUGGGGGAAAAAAACUGGAAUUGUUCGUAUUUUGUUUUUUUUUGGGGGGGGGAAUCUUUAUGUGAAAAAUCAGAGCUACUUGUUACCAUAAGCCCUUACUAUCAACAAGAUAAUUAUUUGUAAUCACUUUUUUAUCCCAGGUUGGAAUUGCAUUCCCCUUCUAAGUUAUCUUCCCUUAAUAAUAUUUAUGAUACCAUGACAGUGAGGGUAUAAGAGCAAAUGUAGUGAGGUAUUCAAAAAUCCUGCAUAUAUGGACUCAAAAGUUCUUUAGUUAUUUGAACUAUAUAUAGCUAUAUUAUUUUAGUAGCUUGGGUUGUCAGAAGAUUGCCAGUUUUAAGAGUAAAGAGGAGAGAGAUAAGUAAUAAAAAUAGAGGAGGGGAAGAAAAUGGCUCCCUUACUGGUCUUAGUAAUCUUCUAUAUAGUUAAUGAGCUAAAAAAUGAUACUUAAAGUUCCAGGUUUGGUACCGCUAGCAUAGAAACAUUGCCUUUCCUACACAUUCCUCAUCAUUGUUUCCUCAGAAAAUUAUUUUAAGAGUUUGUGAAACCAGAUUAAAUAUCUAUAUUCAGUGUGGCCUAAUUUUUAAAAAUAAGUAUUUAUACUCCAGCUUUUGUGUAUUUGGUGUACAUCACCACUUAUGCAAAUCAAGGAUCAGAAAACUGGAGGUUAACCAUCUCCAUUAUUUCCUUUUGCACAUUGGGUACAGUGGGUGGCAUUAGUAUGCACUAGCUGCAAAGUUACAGCACCUUAUGGAAAUAAGUAUGUUUAUUAUAAUAAAAAAAGUUAAGCUGCAUCUCUGUAGAUUAUUUACUUUGCAGACUGUAAAGCUGUCAUAUCUUUUCCAGCAGAAUUUACUCUUCCAUUCUUAAUUCUUUUUUGAAAUAUCUUAAAUAAUUUAACAUUCCUUUAUAACCUCUUAACAGUGUCAAAACUGGGGUAGAAGGGAUUUUAUUUUUUCCCAAAAGGGCUCCAUCUCUUUGCUAUCUGUUGAUCAGUCUUAGAAAAUCUAAUUAUGAUCAAUAAAUUUUAGCAGUUGAUGGCAUCCUGUGUCAGCUGGAGUAGUUGGUUGUGAAUAUUAAAACCUACUACUGUUUUCCCUCAGUAACAUGUAAUUGCUACAUUUUUUAUAAGAAGGUAUGAUUAGAAAAAAAUGUGAAAGAUCACUUAAACCAAAGCCAGUUACAAGGAGUAAUGUCUCCUGUUGGUUUACCUUCACCUCAGAACUACAAGAAUAUUACAAUACAUAGUGAAUAGUUGUCUGUAACAUUUCUACCAGUUGUUUCAGUAGCAUAUUGGUCUUGGCAUUUCUUGGCACUGUGGUUCUGCUGUAUUAUUUGUGAUGUCUCAUUGUUUGUGAGCUUUUGUUUUUUUUUUUUAAAGAAAAAACAAAAAACAAAAACUAAGUGGGACUAUAUAUGUAGACGUGUCAGUACCAAAAAGUUAUUUUCUCAAAUCCCUAAAUUUCUGAUUUCCAUUCAAGUCUUUUAAACUCUUUCCUGCUGUAUAGCAAAGAACUUUUAUUUUCCACUUUCCUAUAUUCCUAAAAAGUGUGAACAAUGCGUUUCAGUUGACUGUAUUGCAUACUUUUUUGCUGAAGACUUUUUCUGUAAACACAAUUGCCUUGUUCAGUUUUGUUGUAAACUGACUUACCAUAAGAUGCACUGUUGAUAAUGCUUUCUGAUGUGUGUUUGAUAAGAGUGAUAAAAUAAAAGCUUAAAAAUAAA